AUGACGACAUUUUCUAACCCUGAGAAAGGGAUAUAUUGUUACAAGGUAAUGCCCUUCGGGUUGAAGAACGCUGGUGCUACUUAUCAACGUGCCAUGCAGAAGGUGUUUGACGAUAUGUUGCACAAACACGUGAAGUGCUAUGUGGAUGACUUUGUGGUGAAGAUCAAGCGACGACAUGACCAUUUGAAAGAUCAAAGAACCGUGUUCGAUCGCCUGCGAAAGUACCAGUUGAAGAUGAACCCCCUCAAAUGUGCGUUCAGCUACGACAUUGUUUAUGUACCGCAAAGGGCAGUUAAAAGGCAGGCAUUGGCUAAUUUCCUGGCAGAUCACCCAGUUCCAUCGGAUUGGGAGUUAAGUGAAGACUUGCUCGAUGACGAAGUUCUCUUCACAGAAACCUCAGGGUCGUGGGUCAUGUUCUUUGACGGUACGACACGAAAAAGGGGUGUGGGGGCAGGUAUCAUCCUCAUUUCUCCAGAAAAGCACAUACUGUCUUAUAGCUUCGCACUUGCCGAGUUAUGCUCAAACAACGUCGCUGAAUACCAAGCCUUGAUAAUUGGUCUCCAAAUGGCCUUAGAGAUUGGAGUAGCUUGUAUAGAAAUCUCCAGUGACUCAAAGUUGAUAAUCAAUCAACUCUUAUGCCAGUACGAGGUGAAACAUGACGACUUGAAACCCUACUUCACUUAUGCUCACCAGUUGAUGGAGAAGUUCGAAAGCGUGGUGUUGGAACAUGUCCCGAGGAUAGAGAACAAGAAAGCGGAUGCCUUGGUAAACCUAGCCACUACCUUAACAGACCUGGAUAAUGUGCCGUUUAAUAUAUCGCUGUGGCGGAGAUAG